GCGCGCUCAGCCAAAGACAGAGUAACAAAUCAGGAAUUUCCCUCUUGCCACUCCUGAGAGCGCAAGAGAGGACAAAAGUGAAGUUCUCCUUAGAGAAGGACAGCCAGCGCGGGACCGUCCACUCGUCUAUACUUUAUUGGACUUUUCCCACUACAGUUUAUCAGAAGAGAGGCCAAUUUUGUCUUUCCAGAAAAUGAUUUUGGAGCCACUGGUUUUGCAAAAGAAGAACACUGGAUGGAAGUAACGGUGCAACAUACGAGGACGACGUUUAUAAACAAAAUUGCCUUUGGAAUCGGAGUGGACGCAAUUGGACUUUCGAACAAGUUAUUUGGAGACACGCUUGGAUUAAGUGCGCAAAAGCAAAGUUUUUGUGUGGAAUAAGUGAAGGCGUCGAGAAGGAUGCUGCUGCUUUUACGAUGGAAGUGAAGAACUUUUUAGCUUUUGCGGCGGUGGUUUAUCUCCUUUUUAGCGUCGUUGCGAGCCAGCAACUGAGACCCAAAGGCAGAAAUGUUUGCAAAGCAGCUGGAUCUCCAGGCUUGGUUUGCUGCAGCGGAUGGGCUCAGCUAGGAAGUGAAUGCCUGACACCUCUCUGCGAAGGCAACUUUACGUGCAAGGAAAAUGAGGUGUGCGUCAGGCCUAACGAAUGCCGCUGUCGCCAUGGAUACUUUGGAGCGAGCUGUGACACAAAGUGUCCAGCCCAGUUUUGGGGUCCAGACUGCAAGGGUAAAUGUAACUGUUACCCCAACGGCCAGUGUGAUGAUUUGACAGGCAAAUGCACGUGCAACCACAAUCGCUGGGGGCCAAACUGCGAGAAUUCCUGCAUGUGUCAAAAGGGCAAAUGUGACCAGGACACGGGCUUUUGCACAUGUCACCCAGGGUUCUGGGGCCCUCAGUGCAACAACAACUGCUACUGCAGCGUCAACUCAAUGUGCGACCCUAUGACGGGCCGGUGCACUUGCAGCCCCGGCUGGACGGGCCGCAACUGCGCCACGCAGUGCAACUGCAACAACUCGCCGUGCGAGCAGUUCUCGCAGCGCUGCCUGUGCAGGGAGAUGAUGUGGGGCCCAAGAUGUGACCGGUAUUGCGGGUGCGUCCACGGCAAGUGCAACCCGUCGGACGGCUCGUGUACCUGCACGCCAGGUUACCGUGGGAAGUUUUGCAGGGAGCCGUGUCCUGCUGGUUUCUAUGGGCAAAACUGCAGAAACAAGUGUGGCCACUGCAAAGGCCAGCAACCAUGUAAGGUGACGGAGGGACGCUGCGUCACGUGCGACAAAGGCUGGAACGGAACACGCUGCGACCAGCUCUGCUCCAAAGGCUUCUUUGGCGAAAACUGCCAGGAAGUGUGUCCCACCUGUAAGGACGGCCACCACUGUGACCCCAUUCAGGGCAAGUGUGCGCACUGUAACCCCGGCUGGAUUGGGGACAGAUGUGAGGUGCGAUGCCCUAAUGGCACGUAUGGCGACAAUUGUGAAAACAACUGCAGCCACUGUUUCAACGGCAACUGUCAUGUUGUCACAGGAGAGUGCCUGUGUGACCAAGGAUUUUACGGAAUCUACUGCAAUAUGACCUGCCAACCUGGACAAUACGGAGUGAACUGCAACCAAACCUGCCCUUGCCACGACAAAAACUGCGAUCCCGUUUCUGGCGCCUGCUAUCUUCAGCCCAACCAGCGGAUGGGCGUGAUCGCGGCCGGAACGCUGGUCUCCUUUUUGCUGAUUGUUUUGCUCUCUCUGCUGUGCUGCUGCUGCCUGUAUCGACACAAAGAUGACCACAAAUCUAACCCAGACAACUCUUCCAACAGCAAAAAAGCCAAGUGGAUCCUGUGCGGACGAUUUAGCCGAAUCAGCACUAAACUUCCCCGUAUUCCACUGAGGAGGCAGAAACUGCCAAAAGUAGUUGUAGCCCACCACGACCCAGAGCAUAACUUCAACUGCAGCUUUAUUGAGCCCCCCUCGGCGGCUGAACAGCCCUCCCCUUCCUCCUGGUCGUCCCAGGAGUCCUUCUCCUCCUUUGAGAGCGGCGACGAGGGCCCAGUUUACUGCGUGCCUCAUGAAGACUCUGUGAAUGAAAGCAAAGAGAAGCGCAGCCACAGUCCAGAAACAGAGAAGGCUGAAGCUACCCCUACUGAUGAAGAUGCUGGAGAGUACACCUCCCUAAAGGAUACUAGUGUCAUUAAACCAGAGGGCGUUGAUCAACCUGUGCUGAAGUCCUCAGAUAGCGAAGGCUCUACCAGUGGUUCCGAAUACGCAGCUGCAACCCUCUACGCCCGCAUUGCCCGCCUCUCCAAGCAGUCCAAAGAGGAUGACAAUAGCGGCAGAGAUGGGGAAUUACCGAACCCAGAUUACAAGCGCAACGGUAAACCACCACCGUCGCCUGGUAGGCCCAAGCCACGGCCACCGGACCCCUCGACCAAACCGAAAGUAUCGUGGAUUCACGGAAGCACUCCCCAACAGGACCAACAAGGGCAGGGAUCGGGUAAAGCGCUUCCCAUUCCAAAGGAGAAAAAGAGAAGCUCCAGUGACGUCUCAGCCAAGAGCGAGAAGAGCGUCGAUCACCAGAAAAAGCAAGAGAGCGACACUAGUGGCUCCCCCAGUAAACACAAACCUCUGCGAAGCAAGAAGUCUGGCGAUGAUCACAGCAGUCCCAGUCACAUGGAGCACAUCAAUGGAGUGGUUCAGAAUGCCCUGAGGAAGAUUAGUAACUUCCACAGCUCUUCAUCUGAGAAGAAGAGUGCUGACUCUUCAAAAGAAACCCCGAAGGAACCUCCUAAGAGUCCCAAGGUCGUCCAUCCCCACAUGAACUCUGAAGCCGCCACCCUCCUGGCCGCUCAGCUCAAGGAGAAAACUCAAAGCAUCAACAGGAACGAGGGCACGGGCCUGACGAAGACGAAUGGAAUUUCCCGGGAGAGGCCGACUCCACCGCAGAAAGCCAAGAGGACCCCGUCUGCCGGUUUGACCCAGCAGGGAUCUACUAAGCCCCUGCUGCCCACCUCCAGCAGCCUUCAGAAAAUGGUGGCGCCCAUCACCACUGACCAAAGGACCCCCGAAGCCAAGAGCCCGGAAAAGCAGGACUUGAACGGCUCAAGGCCGGGGGAUCCGGCGUCGGAUGCGACACCUAAGAAGACUCCCAUUAAAAAGCCGCCGAGAAAGAAAUCCAAAGAGGCUUCAUUGGAUACACCAGAGAGCAAAACCCCCCAACAAAAGACAGCCAUCAUGCCACCCCAGAUAGUCAAGUAAGUGGCUUUAUUUCACAAAUCAGCAGCAUUUGUAUGCAGAGACAACAUAUUGACUGAUUGGAAACUGACACAAGUGCUGUGACACCAAGAGUGAAGAAUGUUUUCAACCAAAGAUCAUCAUACCACGUGUAUCCAUUUCUAAACACAUCUUGCGGCCAAUGAUGCAUUCAAAACAACUGGGAAGUUGGACACAAUCCAGUUGGAGUUCAGCGGUUCAAUCUCAUUCCUGGUAAUGGGUCAAACAAGAAACAAAGAUGUUGACUGCGAUGAACUAGUACUGUUUGUGAAGAGACUGGCAAGGAAACAUUACUUUAGGCUACAAUCAGGCUGCGAGCGUAUCUGAUUUCAAUCGGAUUUAUCCUCAUAUUUGAUUUUUAAGGCUGACUGUUCACACCAUUUUUAGCAAGUGUCCAAAUCAAAUCUGUGCCUGUUCAGACUGGGCCACAUUGUUGACAUCUGACAGGUUGCUGUGACAACGAAGCAUACUGCGAUGUCACAGACAGUCAAAUCCCAUUUGAGCUGUUCAGACUAAGAAGCAUCUUGUCCAAAUCUAAUAUGAAACUAUCUCCCCUUUGUGGUUUCAAUCUGUCUCGCAAAAAUCUGAGUUCUGUGCUUUGUGUCUGUUCAGACAACAAAAGAGCUAUGCUGUAUCAAUUUGGAUGGGCUAAAAAUCAGAUUUGCUGCCAGUGUGAACAAGGCCUAGGAUCAGCAUUUGAAUUUGAAUUACAGCAAUCAACUAUGAGGGACAGGGGUUAUAGAUUGUUGUCAGUUUCUAGUUCAGUUACACUUGAAUUUGAAACACUUGAAAACAAAACAACAAAACGCUGUAAACUCAGCAUUCUAAUUAUACUGGACUUCAGUCAAGUAGUUUGAACUCAACAUUUUAAGUAAACUGGACAUCAGUUUGUGUGAAUAUAUUAAAUUUUGAGACAGCGGAACAUACAGGCAACUGAUAAACAACUUGAUAAAGUAAGUUAGGAAUACUAAAAAUAAGUUACAGUGGUACCUCUACGUACAAAAUUAAUUGGUUCUGGAAGUUAUUUCAUAUACUGAAAAUUCCGCAUGUAGAGACGCGUUUUCCAUGUAAAUGCCCUAAUCCAGUUUUUUUUUUUUUUUUUUUUUUUUUUUAAAUACAAUUUUCAAAA